UGGAGCUGUCGCGGAGGAAGUGCCACCGUGUCCCGUCCACAGAGCGAUCCGCAGACGUGUUGUUUACAGUACUAGUCCAGGCCCCGAUCCUGCUGCCGUCUGCCCCGUGUCUUUUAUGGGUUUAUUGCUCACUGUUACCAUUUUCGUUUCAAGGGUCAGUGUAUGAAACCUCCAAUCUGGAUCGGGGCGGCAGCAGUAGGAAGAAGAAGAUAGAGGAUUUCUCUAGGUCUUCUCGAGAAAAGCUAGUCCAAUCCAAGAACAAAAUGUUUUCCAAAUUUACGUCCAUCCUCCAACAUGCAGUCGAAGCGCUGGCCCCUUCACUGCCCCUGCAAGAGGACUUUGUUUAUCAUUGGAAGGCCAUUACACAUUAUUACAUUGAGACAUCUGAUGAUAAAGCUCCGGUUACGGACACAAACAUCCCGUCUCACCUGGAACAGAUGCUGGACAUUCUGACCCAGGAAGAGGCUGAGCACGAGUCUGGAGAAACAGGGCCCUGUAUGGAGUAUCUACUGCACCAUAAAAUACUGGAGACUCUAUACACUCUGGGCAAGGCAGACUGUCCCCCUGGAAUGAAACAACAGGUGCUCAAUUUUUAUACAAAGCUCUUGGCGCACAUCCGUCAACCUCUCCUUCCACACAUAAAUGUCCAUAGACCUGUACAGAAACUGAUCCGUCUGUGUGGGGAGGUACUUGCUGCACCAACAGAAAAUGAGGAGAUUCAAUUUCUUUGCAUAGUCUGUGCCAAACUCAAGCAGGACCCAUAUCUAGUCAACUUCUUCCUUGAGAAUAAGUUGAAAAGACCCGACACUCUGCCUCCUGGAGGGGCACAGGGAGGUAAAGAUAAUGCUUUAUCCCCUGACACUGGCCAAGCUCAGACGCCUGAAAAGACUGAAGAGCCACAGGCCGCUGCUGCUGCAUCGUCGAGUCCAACCAAGAACAAUAACAACAGCAGCAACUACAACCUGGUCACAUCACUGCUCAAUCUCACCAAGAGCCCUGAUGGCAGGAUAGUAGUGAAAGCAUGCGAGGGCCUGAUGUUGCUGGUGAGUUUACCGGAGCCAGCUGCAGCCAAAUGCCUGACAGAGAGCACAGAGCUGUGUGAACUGCUCACAGAUCGACUGGUGUCCUUUUACAAAGCUCUGCCCCAGUCCAUGGACCCCCUGGACAUCGAGACCGUAGAGUCUGUCAACUGGGGUCUGGAUGUGUACAACCUCAAAGAGGACGCUGCAGUCUUUACUGGCAAACGUGCUCUCAUUUCUUUCCUGUCCUGGCUGGAUUACUGUGACCAGCUCAUCAAAGAAGCCCAGAAGUCAGCAGCGACUGUCAUGGCCAAAGCUGUGAGGGAGCACUUCUUUGUGGCGGUGAUGGAGCCUCAGCUUAUGCAGACGUCUGAGGUGGGCAUCCUAACAUCCACAGCUCUCCUGAACAGAAUCAUCAGACAGGUCUCGUCUGAAGCGCUGAUGCAGGAGAUGGUUUAUUUUCUUUUGGGGGAAGAGAAGGACCCCGAGACGACCGCUACCAUUGCCCAAAACCCACUCAGACACAGGCUCAUAGAGCACUGUGACCACCUCUCUGAUGAGAUCAGCAUCAUGACACUGCGACUAUUCGAGCAGCUUAUCCAAAAACCAAACCAACACAUCCUCCAUAAUCUGGUGCUUCGAGGUUUGGAGGAGAGGAACUACCUGGAGAAUAAACCCCAGGAUGAACGGGAACCAUUGGAGAACGGGCAGCCCCAUGACGCUGUUGACCUGGAGGAGGACCCAUUGUUCGGGGAUGACCUCUCUCCUGAGAGCCGUUUGUCUGGCUCUGAUUGGCUGAGUACGUCACCCCCAAUGAGUCCAGACCACUCAAAAUCAGAGGGCAAGACGGAGGUGCACAAAAUAGUUAACAGUUUCUUGUGUUUGGUGCCCGAUGAGGCAAAGUCGUCUUAUCACGUGGAAGGCACAGGCUAUGACACCUACCUCAGAGAUGCACACAGACAGUUUAAAGACUACUGUGGCGUGUGUCUGCGCUGGGACUGGAGAGGACACCCAAAACCUCUAGAAAAGUGUAAUUUAGAGUUACCAUUUUUUGAGGGACACUUUCUAAAGGUGCUGUUUGACAGAAUGGGGCGUAUCCUCGAUCAGCCGUAUGAUGUAAACCUGCAGGUGACGGCGGUGCUGUCUAAACUGUCCCUGUUACCACACCCACACCUGCACGAGUACCUCCUGGACCCCUACAUCAACCUGGCCCCGGGCUGCAGGUCCCUCUUCUCCGUCAUCGUCAGGGUGGUGGGUGAUCUGAUGUUGAGGAUCCAGAGAAUCCCAGACUUCACACCCAAACUGCUGCUCGUGAGGAAGAGGCUGCUGGGACUCGAGCCAGAGGGACUCAACAUCGACCACAUGACUCUCCUGGAGGGCGUGAUCGUGUUGGAGGAGUUCUGUAAAGAGCUGGCAGCCAUCGCCUUUGUCAAAUACCACGCUACAGCCGCAUCUUCGCCAUAACCCCAAAAAAAGACCCCCACUCAUAGACCCACAUCUGUGCUCUUCUGUCUGCCCCAAACAAGAGGGACAGGUCGUCAUCACAAGGGGACGUCCUACGGGUGUCCAAUGGGUGCUGCUCUGCCUCAGGUGGGAUAAAGUGCAACAAAAUGUACCACAGAGCAAAUUGUUCACCUCUUAAAGAUGAAAGAGCUGGGAGAGAUUGUAACUUUGUGUUCUUGGGAUACAUAUUUUGGGAUCUAUGUUGGACUAUCCUGGGUCUAAUAUGCAUACUUAUGACAUCUAGGACUUCAUCGAUGACUAAACCAGGACUACACUUUGGUCUACAAGUUCAGGUUUUGUCAUUUUUUUGGGAUUUGAUUUCUAUGGAAAAUCGUAGCCAAAACACUGCCCGGUUUAAAGAUUUGAAGAUGUUAAAAAUAUUUGAGCAAAUCAGGCGUAUGGGACUGUCCUGUUACUGCCUCUGUCCGCCAAAAGAGUUAUCAUUUUUAAAUCGAUACCUGUAUUUAUUUCCUGUCCCGUCUUCAUUGCCUUAAUGUGGACACUUCUUCAUUUUAAGACUGUUCCCUUUUGAAAAUAUUUUAUCAAUAGCCUAUUUGUGUCCACUGUCUGACAAUAAGAGAAAACAUUAUGUACCCGUAGUUACAUAGCAGUUUUAAUGUCAUUUCUUAUUUAUUGUACCUUUUGCUUUCAGUUGCCUUUUAAAUAAUGUUAAGAAAUUAUUGUAAUGACAGAAUCUAUUUUUGUUUCAUUGUCUGUUGCGUCAUCCAAAGAGCUCACCAUCAAAAUGUGUGGUAAACAGUCGCAUCCAGAGAAACACAUUCACUAUAGAAAGUAACGACUUUGUUCUUGGAAUCAUUUCUUUGGUUAUUGAGGUUUUCAGAUUUUCUUUAAAAAUCAUAAUUAAUGAUAUGAAAAUAAUUGCUCAUUGUCUUUUUGGAGCGAUUACAAAAAAAAAUAAUCAUCUGUCGGAUGUGUUUUACCCAAAUGUAUUAAUUCCAGCACUUGACACAAAAUAUAUCAAAAGUCAGACUCAACCUGAAUAUAAACAUGUUUGGAAAGUUAUUGAAUUCAAAGUUAUUGAAUGCUAAAUUUGUUGCCAUAAUGUUAAAGGCGCUCGAACGUUUUUGGUGAGUGUUCGCCACACAAUAACAUCUCCAUGGAGAUGUUAUUGUUGCCACAAUAUGGCAUUAAACUAGAAUUUAUUCAGUUAUAGAUGUUUUUAUUUCUCAAAAAUAAAACAUUAAAUCAUGCAGUGAACUGGGUUGCCUCUACACAUCACUCAGCCAAUCCAAUACUGUGAGGCAUUCCAGGCAAAACAAUUACAUCUCCAUGGAGACAAGUGGGUGGUAGACUUUCCAUCAGAAAAGUUCCGUAGUACACCUUUAAUCUUUAUCUUGAAUGGUUUCUCAGGAUGGCGAUAAAAAAUAAUGAUUCUGAAUGUGCACAACCACUUCUGUGUUUUUGUUACAUUUUUGUUUUUUGUUCAGGAAAAACUUUUAUUUUUCCUGAUUCUAUCUUAAUUUUUUUGCAGUUUCCACCAGUGUUUAAUCCAAGGGACUCUCUCGUGUGCUUCUUAUAAAUAGUCUUAUUCUAAUAUAUUAUUUUCUCAUUACAGAGAUACUGCAUUUAGCAGUAUAAACCUGGUCUUAUUUACCACAAGUAUUACGUUUAUCAUGAUUUUGGAUGAUAAUAUAUAAAGGGUGCUGUGUUUCACUCAUUCAGUUUUCAUUUGUUUUGUCAAAAUAAGUAAAUGUUGAAUGUAUCAAUAAGAUACUAAAAUUAUAUGGGUAAAUUUGAAGUUGGGUUGUAUGAAGUGAACUGUUCAUUACCUCAAAGACAUGAUUUUUGUGCUAAAAGUUCCCAACAGUGAAAAAAGUGAAGCUGCAUUGGCUCAGAAUUUACUAAUAACUGAUAAUCUAAUUCUGAAAUCUCCAAAACAUCCAUUACAUUAUUGGUCUGCAUCUGGUCUGUAAUUUCAUAAUGAUUUGGGAUAGCUUUUACACCAGAUGCCCUACCUGGAGCUUCUCCACUUGAAUGAAUGUUAGUUUAGUUUAACAGCGAUCCAUUGACCAUCAGGUUUUACAAGAUACGCUCCUCAACAUGAAACUAAUCUAUAAAACAUUUGUGCAGUGGAAGUGGAAGUAUUAAAAAGCACUUAAAGGUACACUAUGUAACUUUUCUGGUGGAAGGUUGUCUACACUGAGAGGUCUGUUUGUCAGGAAUAAUCCACAGUAUGACAUUAAACGCCUCUGUUACACAUUACAGAUGUAUAUUGCUCAAAAACAAUUUAAAAAUUCCCACUGUGAGCUGGUUCCUCUCCAGGGAUUUGACCUGUAGUUUGGCCCGGUGACAUCGUCAUGGAGACAGAGACGUUUAAUGACACACUCUAACAUUCCAUGCAAGACUACUAUGUGGUGACCCCUCCACCAGAAAAGUUACAUAGUGCGCCUUUUAACAGGAACCCUGAACGCAGAGCUCGUCAAAAACACGGUGUAGUCAUAGUCGUUUGUAAUGAAAUCACCUCAUGUACGUAACCAGUCUAUCCAGAUUCAUUAUGCAACCCCACUUCAAAACCUUAUUCUCUUCUCUAUUAUGUCGAUGCCUUUGUGUGUCUGUGUGAACGCUUUCAUCUCAGAUUCUGAAUGCUGGAGUUUUGUCUGUCAUUUUAUUCUUUUGUUUAAGAAAAAAAAAAUCCAUAAUUCACUAUUUUGUCUCUCGUCCUCUCCACCCGUCACUCACGCACCUACGCCGCAUAUGCAACAAUCCAAUUUGCACAUCUUGUAAAUAACCAUCGUGAAAAGCUUUUGUUUCUUUUCCCAAAUUAUAAUUUUUUCAUUAACCAAAAGAUAAAGUGUAAGAGUGACGUGUCUAUUUUUAACUUUUUAAAUUGAAUCAUGCACAUUUUGUAAUCUUUCCAAUGGUCUUGUACAGUUGUAUAUUGUAAUGUGUACAAUAGCAAUAUAGAAAAAAACUACCUGGUGUAAAUGCAUGCUCAUACAUUAUUUUUUCUUUGUGUAAAAAGAGAAAAAUGUUGACGAUUUAAUGCCUUAUGACACUGUGGAUCUUUGAAAUUUUGUAGAUUUAAAAACUGUUCUUGUUGCUUCUGAAAAUAUAAUUUGCUUUGUGGUUUACUCUGCAUCCUUUGUUACAUUAAACUCGGGGCAGUUAAUUUGAUCGAGUUGGGUUUUGGUGAAAAUAGUUGGUUUAUUCAGUCAUUGCAAGUUUGUCUCUGGUUUGGUGACUAAAAAGAAAUCUUAAAGGUUUUAAGUUGCAGAUUGGAACAACAUUGGUUAAAAAUAAAUUACUUUCAGUUGUUUGACACACACAUGGUUACUGUCAUGGCUCCCUUUCAGUGUCAUGGAGGAUUGCCACUAUUCCUGCAUCAAUUACAUGGCAUUGUUAGCUGAAUUGCUUGUUUUCAGAUAAUAUCACUAGAGAUGUUAAGAAUAUUCAGUGUGUAAUUGUUAUUCAGGCCACAAUAUAUAAAACAAAGUAAUAAUUGUGAAAAUGUUAGACGCAAAAAGGAGUAUUUUCUAUUUAAUCUAUAUGGCAAAAGUGAACCUUAAUUCUUGAGUGCUUUUUAUCUGACUGUCAUUACUUUAUCAUAAAACUGUUUAACUAUUAGCAAUGGCAAUCUACCAUUUGAACAGAGGUGGCGCCAAAUCUUUUUGGUUGUGGGGCUAUGGGGGUGCUAAUUUCUUCAAUGUGUGCGCUCACUUUGUUAAUGUUAAUUUAGAGUUUUAUAUGUUUGCUUUGCUGUUUUAAAUCAGUUUAAUUAUAGUUAGUUAUAGCUCCUGUAGGGAUUUUCUUUAAUUUAAAAAAAAAAAUAUUGUAGUCUCAUUUUGAACACUCUCGGGUUGCCGUUUGAACAUUUUUACUCUUGUGCUAUGAAAAUGGAGCAAAAAUCUUUAGGAGCACUAUAGGGGAGCACUGGCCAUUCUAGGGGAGGCUAGUGCCCCCUUAAGCCCCCACCCUGGCACCGCCCCUGCAUUUGUGACUUAACACAGAUUUCAUUGUUAUUUAGUCAUAGUGUCAAACAUGAUAACUGUCAAAUCAAAUUUCUUUUCAUGAUCAUUGCCAUGUUAAAAUUUCAUAGAAUUGUGAGAACAUUUGUGUAAUCCCUCAGUCGUCCAGGUGUGAUCAGUUGACAGAAUUGAAUUUUUCUUUUGCUAUUCGUUAACAUUCUGUAGCAUUGUAGUGUUAAUAGAAACUGAGGCAACCACAUUGUUAUGCCUAUAAUUUUGUUGCGAUUAACGUGACCUAUUUUUAUUUAUUACAAAAUAUCACAUAAUACACAGGAAUACCCUCGCCUCUGACACCGUAAAAUCUGAAAAACAAUUUUUCUGAGACUUUGAAUACCAGAAUUUAUGUGCACCGCUUAUUGUUAAGUCACUUUUUGUAUUUUGAUAAUCUGUAUUCAUAUAGUCACAUCUUUAUAUUUUAAGGCAAUCUGCAUGUUAAUUCAAUCAGAAUAAUUUGAGGUCCACACAACAGUAUUUCGUGCACAAAGGCAUUGAGUAUCAUUUAUUUCACUUCAGCUGACUUCAUAUGUUACCACUGCUGUUUUACAAAUAUGGUUUUAACAUUCAACGUUCCAAUUAAAAAAAUAUCUUCAA